GUCCCGGCAGGACAUGUUCACCAGGGCGGUUAGCAGGCUGGGCAGGAAGAGACCCCCAUCAGAGAUACAUACCGGCGAAUCGGCUGUCACUGCCCCGGACAAUGACCAGAAAGGAACCCGCAAAUGGGCCACCUCGCUGGAGAGCCUAUUGGACGAUCCCAAAGGAGUGGGCGAGUUCACAGACUUCCUGAAGAAGGAGUUCAGUGAGGAGAAUUUGCUGUUUUGGUUGGCGUGUGAGGACUUCAAGGGAACGCGGGACAAGGAGCAGAUGCUGAAGAAGGCGCACGAUAUCUACACGACCUUCCUCUCCAGCAAGGCGCCUGCCCAGGUCAAUGUGGAGGGUCAGUCGCGGGUAAGCGAGAAGAUGCUGGAGGAGCCGCACCCCCUCAUGUUCCAGAAGCACCAGGAUCAGAUCUUCAACCUGAUGAAAUACGACAGUUACAGUCGGUUCCUGAAGUCAGAGACUUUCCUGAAGCUGAAGGCCAAAGAAGAGAAGGAAAGCUCCGCCUCCAGCGCCGGCGAAUCGGUGCCCAAACGAGCCUCUAGGAUUUACAAUACGUAACUCGGCCAGGACACGGCACAAUAACUGGGAGAGGACUAUUAAGUAGAAAGGGGGGGCGGCACCAGAGGCGAUUUGACCGGUUUCUCACUUUACGGCAUUUGUGUUGCGCACGGGGCGGGCAGAGGAACAGCCGCUCAGCCCUGGCGCAAUGUUAUAUUGGCCCCCAAGGCCACAGAGAGAUUCAUAAUAAGUCCUGGCGUUUCAGGUACACAGAGGCCCAAACAGCCCCCCCACCGGCCCAAUAAAUAGUGACUAUGGCACCUACCUAUUGCCAGUCUGGGCCAGAACGGUACCUUUAUAUAAUACACUCCUGCCAUUAACCCUUUCCUAUCCAAGGGGCCACCUCUGCACUUUCAUAUAGAUGCGCCCUGCAUGUCUGAACAUAGGUCGGUGCGCGGGGGCGGGGUCUACCAUAAUAAAUACUGUAUUCAACUGUA